CGGGGACAUACUUCAGCCUGAAAGUGAAGGCAAACCUUUUUAAAAGCUCGGAAGCGUGUCUGGCGAGGCGAUGCAAACAACCAACAGCGUGCUUUGAUCAACAAGAAACAAAAAAAAACAUUCAAGAAAUUAUUGAGCUGGUCCUCAAGAAGCCAAAGAGAAAAAAGAAACACAGCAACCAUGACGCCCCUUCGAAUCGGUUACGUCCCCGAGCACUUCUCUACCCCGCUAUACUUUGCCAAGAAGCACUUUGGCCUCGAUGCCGAGCUGAUCCCGUUCCCCUCCGGGACCGGCCACAUGAUCACGGCCAUCCGGGCGGGCGAGAUUGACGUCAGCAUCGGGCUCACGGAGGGGUUCAUCGCCGGCCUCGGCAAGGAGGAUGCCCCCGGGGACGGCGGCUACCGCAUCGUCGGGACAUAUGUGGAGACCCCGCUGUGCUGGGCAAUCUCAACCGGCGCCAAAAGACCCGAGGUCGACUCGGUGGCGUCCCUCAAGGGCAAAAAGAUCGGCAUAUCGCGCAUCGGGUCGGGCAGCUUCGUCAUGGGUUUCGUGCUCGCCGACCAGCAGGGCUGGCUGGAGGGAGGUGUCAAGCCGUACUCGGACAUGGUGGUGCUCAAUACGUUCGACAAGCUGCGCGCGGGCGUCAACUCGGGCGAGUGCGACUUCUUCAUGUGGGAGCACUUCACGUCCAAGCGCUACCACGACUCGGGCGAGAUCCGGCGCGUGGGCGAGAUCUACACGCCCUGGAGCAGCUGGAAGAUCGUGGCGUCGACGGCGCUGCCGCCUCCCGAGCAGGACGGCAGGGUCGCCGACAUGCUGGCCAAGCUGGACCGGGGCGUCGCGCACUUCAACGAGAACAAGGAGGAGGCGGUAAGGUACAUCGGCACGGAGCUGGACUACUCGGAAGCGGACGCGCGCGCGUGGCUGGACACGGUGCGGUUCCCUGCCAAGACGGCGGCCGUCAGCCUGGACACGAUCCAGAGCUGCGUCGACGCCCUGCGCAAGGCCGGGGUGCUGGUCAAGGGGAAGGGAAUGGAGGCACAACAGAUGGUGCCCACUCUACCGUAAGCAGCUUCUCCAGGGGUUCCUUAGUUGUCUGGCUUGCAAGCGGCAUAUGCUGUGCUCAUUGGUGGCAGCUGGUCUGCCAAUGACUGUCCUCCAGCUGAGCUCAUCCCACAUCAGACUUUGGGUAAGCUAGGGCAAGGUGGUAGAUAUAUGUAUUCUGUCCAAUAGGAUGGGGCUCCAGCUUUUUUGUCGUCGUCAUGGGGGUUUUUUUCUUUCUCUUUUCGUCGUCUGAGGGGAAAGUUGCAGUCAGCAAGAAAAAGGCGCCAGGAGCAAACACCACUCAGCACUCAAUGUCGUUUGCGUGAAUUUCCCCGCUCGCUUGUGAUUGCGUGGUCGUGGAGCCUUAUCAAGGUCGCACAGCUGGGUCAUGUUCCCAUUCGCCCGUCACUCGUUCGUACGGUC